CAGAAAAUGGACUCUUAAGUUAUGAGAAUCCAAAUUACCAUCUCGAUCCAACCCGCUUAGACGACGCUCUCAAUUCCAAUACUGACGAAAUUUACGAAGAACUUUACCAAGAAUUGGACGAUAUUUGUAACUUAGGGGGUAAACUCUCUGGAAAUACCGGAAGAAAGAGUUACGCUUCUUUGGAUAUUAGCACAAUGGGUGUGGACAUCAAUACAGGACCCGUUACUAAUCUGGACCCGUCCAAUUUUACAGAUAAUAGAAGGGGCAGUGGACACAAUGGGAACCCUCUAAGCCCUUUGGAUACAGUCUCCGCAAGUCCCCGAAAACAUUUAUGUGAAAAUGAUGAAAAGGACAAUCGCGACGAUGAUUCAAACGUCCCUCAUAUCGUCGGCCAAUUAAAUAAUGAUUUAUAUGCAAUCCCAGUUAAAAGAAGACAACAACAAAAAUCGUUCGAUGAAAUAGAUACUUUGUCCUCGUCCGAUAAGGAACGUUGCGACGAUUCGGAUUUACCCCAAGGUUGGGAAAAGCAUGAGGACAACGACGGACCAUAUUAUUGGCAUAUUAAAAGUGGUACGAUUCAACGAGAAGUACCCACAAUGCCCUGUACUGAAAAAUCGGAUAAAUCCGAAAUUAAUAAUUACAAAGAAACCGAUAGUUUGCUAUCGAAAUACGAAUCGAGCAUUAUAAAUACUGUUACUAGGAGUAAUACAAGUUCUGCUUUGGAUUUGGAUUAUUUGGAGGAAAGGAAAAAGAAGGAUGAAUUAGCUUUGAAACGGCGAAGUUACCCGGCUAGAUCAGAACCGGAAUCUAAAGAUUGUUGUCCGGUGCGAUUCGCAGUGAGAUCUUUAGGUUGGGUUGAAAUUGCUGAAGAUGAUUUGACGCCGGAACGAAGUAGCAAAGCAGUCAAUAAAUGUAUCGUUGAUCUUUCAUUGGGUAGAAAUGAUCUUUUGGAUGUUGUUGGAAGAUGGGGAGAUGGAAAAGAUUUAUUCAUGGAUUUAGAUGAAGGUGCUUUAAAAUUAAUCGAUCCGGAAAAUUUAACCGUGUUAAACACUCAACCUAUUCAUACUAUAAGAGUUUGGGGAGUUGGGAGAGAUAAUGGAAGAGAUUUUGCUUACGUGGCAAGAGAUAGAAGCACUAGAAAACAUAUGUGUCACGUUUUUCGUUGUGACAUGCCCGCAAGAACAAUAGCAAACACAUUGAGAGAUAUUUGCAAAAAGAUUAUGAUAGAACGCAGCUUGCAACAAAAUCUAGCAAAACCUUUGGAUUUAAAUGGAAAAGGUUUAGCAACCAGGCCGACUAAUUUACCAACUGAACAUAGAAGAGCUAACAGAAAUAGUCAAGCUUUAGUUACCCAAUCAUUUCCAACACCAAUGGAAGAACCUAAAAAAGUCCUCAGAGCUCAAUAUUUAGGAGCCGUUCAAGUAACCCAAGCAAGUGGUAUGGACGUUUUAAAUGAAGCAAUAGAAAGAUUAGUAACCACAAUUCCUCAAGAUCAAUGGCAAUCUGUUAAUGUUGCCGUUGCUCCUUCUAUGAUAACAAUUCAACAACCUUCGGAUGAUAAAUUAAUAGCUGAAUGUCGCGUGCGCUAUUUAUCAUUUUUGGGUAUUGGAAAAAACGUUAAACAGUGCGCUUUCGUUAUGCACACGGCCCAAGAUACUUUUAUGGCGCACGUUUUUCAUUGCGAACCGUCCUCGGGAGCUCUUUGUAAGACAAUUGAAGCAGCUUGUAAGUUAAGAUAUCAAAAAUGUCUUGAUGCUCAUCCUCAAGGAAUCGGCAGAAGCCAAUCAACGCUUGUUACGCCAGGAAAAAGCUUUGGGGCCGCUCUUAAAUCGAUAGUUGGAUCUUUAACGGGUCGUAAGUGUAAAAGUACCGAAUCCUGAGACGAUGCUGGUCAAACUCUGCAGGAAAUGUGGCGUAUAACUGCAGAGAGGGACGUAAUAAAACACAGACACCUCCAAUCGCCUUUAACGGUGAAAUUCUUCAGUACUAGUCUAUCCUCCGCCAACUUAAGGUCAUUAUUAUCUCCGACGUUGGACGCUAGAAAAAUUCUAUUAGCACGUUGGGAUUCAAACAAUUAUUAACAAAAAAGUAAAGCUUACAAAGCAAUGUUAAAAAAACUAUGCCGAGUCCUAAAUAAAUUAACUAUAAAAUUAUCAAAGUUACCGAUAUCGAGUUCGAUAAAAAUAAAUUCAAUGCUGAAAGCGUCUUUGAAUCAAAAAAAAAAAUGAAGAAGAAAAAAUCGUAUAUAAAGAUAACCGAUGCGCAAGUGUAGUUAAAAAAUGAAUAAUUAAUUAUAAAGUACAACUUAGUAUGUGUGCUUUUUUCGAGCCUUAAUCAGUUCAUCUCUAUGGUGUUUUUGACAAAAAAAUCAUUAAGUAUAAAUAAAUAAUUAAAUUAAUUGAAAAAUAAAUGGUGGUUUUUGCUAAUGAUGUAAAUACCUCACAAAAAACGUUUUCUCAAGACUGCUUUUACAAAAAUUUUAAAAAAUACAUACGAGAAUAGACGCUUAUUAAAAUGAAAAAAAUUAUAAAAAAAAAAUCUUGUGCACAUUACGUACAGAGUAUCGAGGCUGUAUUUAUAAUAAUAUACAUAAAAAAAAACGAAUAUAACUCUAUCGUUCAGUGUAUUAUUUUUAUUAUUAUAAUUGUAAUUAUUAACGAUUAAUAAGAAUUCAAUUAAAAAAAAUGAUUUGAUUCGGAACAAGAUGGGUACACCAAGUUUGUAUAUUGACCAUGUAAUACGUAUAAAAAGUCCUUAUUAACGAAUAAUAAAAAAAAAUUAACAAAUUAUUAACAACAAUUAUUACGAAGCAAUUAUAAACUAACAAAAUUAAAAAAAAAAACACCAGCUAAUGUAGCUUUUUUGGGGUAUUUCGAGUUAUAGCUGCUGUUUGUGCACUUAAUGUGUGCUUGUUUAACUUGUGCAGACCAAUACGAUAGUGUUAAAGCGAAUUUUAACCGUUUUCCGAAAGAAAGUUAAGAAAUCGUAACGAUUUAAACAAUAAACUUCUAAAUACUCACACUUAAUUAGUUCCUUUUUUUGUUAUUUUGUGUUAUUAACUCUUUAAAGUCUUCAAGUGAAGACUCAAAAACUUAAAAAUAGACUUUAAAGUGUUAAUAUUUACUAAAUGUGACACCAAAUAAAGCCGUAGUUAUAUGUAAUAGUUAGAAUUAGAAAUACACAGGAUUAAAAAAAAAUGAGAAAGAUAUUACACAUACUAAUUAAAAAAAAAUAAUAAUAAAAUAAAUCUGUAAAUAAGCCUUUCGUGUAUGUACAACCUCUGAUAUAUAUAUUAUACAAUUAAAUAGUAUAUUUGUACCAGUUACCUACUUUAGGCGCUAUAAAAUAGUCGCUUCGUCCCUUAUGAUUGUAUAAAAAAAAAUAAAUUGAAAAUUUUAAAAUUUUUUCGGUUCAUUAUAUGGAUAUUUUUAUAAAGAUUAGUGUUACACAACGUGGACCGUUUUUCUCGCGCGCGCUCGUCGUCUCUAUAUAUGUAAACAUUUCACUUUUCUGGUGUAAUAAACGUAAUGAGUUUUAGCUUUAAAACAAACAAAAAAAAACGGAACGACAUACGAAAUUUAAAUGAUAAAAUGCAUCACUUCGGACAAAACCUUCGAAUAUUAGGGCGAAUUUACUGUGUAUUUAUUGUUAAGGGAAGAAAAAAACCAUAAUGCUUGCAAAUGUUUGUUCUUUUCGUUCUAUUUUAGUUUGUCCGGAAUCGCCUGAAGAAAAAUACAAUCUUUAUUUCAUAAA